AUGUAUACAUCCGGACUUGUCACUCGGAUUUUCCGAUGGGAUGAGCUCACGGCAGAGAAGGAGCACGCUAUACUUGGUGAACCAAUUGCCAAAGGUCCGACAAAUAAGGCAAGGGAGCUUCUAAAUAACGCGGCAUCGACUUUACGUAGAUGCCUAGGAUCGAUGGUUAAUGUCAUCCUCUCAAGGGUAGGACAAUGUGCUAAUGUGUAUCUUGUCAACGGAAAAGAAGUCAUUGUAUGCACACCCACUUGUUACUUCAAGCUCGGAGUUUCAGAUGGACUGUGGGACGGUAUUACUGUACACCUCAGAUCAUCUCGGUCCAUACAGAUUGAAACUAAACAGGCUGCAAGGAUUCUUGGAAUGACCACAAGCUUAUUCAUCACCUUUACCAUCAUUGUAUCUCUUGAACAUAACACCGUGGAUGACGCGAGCUUUUCUAUGUCAUCGAGUAAAUGCGAUGAGAUAUGGCUAUUACAUGGUCAAUUGAUAUUCCUUAAAAACAAAGAUGAACUUCAACAUGAGCAAAUAUGUGCGAAAAUCCAAACAGCGACCCAGAUGGCAACAUGGGUCAUAAUUGAGUCGACCCAGAAUGUCAUUACCAAAGUCAAUAAAAUUGCACAAGCGAGGGAGGGCCCAGAUGUACAUGGCGUAUACAUUGGGUACACCAUUGAAACCUUCUCCAAGGCCAAAGAAGCAUGGUCAUAUCAGCGCAUUGGCCUCUGA